AUGUGGUUCCCGUUCGUUCUGGCUUGGUUGCUGCGGUACACGGUGGCCGUUAACGUGGUGACGACGGACCCCCCAGUGACGUCACCGAUGGAUUACUCGUUGCUGGAGGUGAGGGCGUACACGGUCGGCAGUCAGCUGUCGGUGGUGUUGGUUGAGGUACUGGAGCGGUACUUUGUGCGCAACCAUUCGGCCACCAUGAUCGAACGGUUGUCGGUGGAGGGCCGGCUAACGUACGAGCUGCAGUCGGACAUCGUGGACGAGGUGAUGCAGCGGACGUCGGACCGGAUUGCGUACGUUUUCCGCUCACCGGCCGCCCUCAACCAGGUGCGCCGUCCGGCGAUCUUUAAUCUGUUCUUUCUCGACGGGUUGGAGGCUUUUGGGCGUGUGUUUGCGGAGCUGGAUCCCGCCCAGCACGACUACUCCGGGUACUAUUUGCUGGUGUUGACGCGGUACGAUCGUUUGCUACCGGCCACGCUGCAGCAACUGUUUGCCCGGCUCUGGCAGCUGAAUAUCGUGAACGUGAACGUGAUUGCGACGGAUCUCGGUGAUCGGAGCCGGUUGCAGCAGGUCCUGCUGUACACGUACUACCCGUACCGGGCGGAUGGUUGCGAGCGCAUCGUACCGCAGCUGCUGCACCGCUACGAACGGACGCCCGAUGGUGAGGGAUCGCCACCGGCACCGCUCGAGCUGUUCCCGGACAAGCUGGCGAACCUGCACGGCUGUCCGGUUACCGUUGCCACCUUCCAGCUGCCACCGUUCGUGUUACUGGAGGCCCACGACCCCUUGUUGAGGGGACUCGAAGGUGAUCUGGUACGUGCGCUCGCUACGAAGCUCAACUUCACUCUCCGAGUGCUAACCCCUCGCGAUGGGUACCUCUGGGGACGUGUUGGCCAGCUAACGGAUCCCACCAGUGCCACCGGUUGCAUCCGGCUCGUACGCACCGAGCAAGCCAACCUAACGGUUGGCCGGUUCGCAAUCCGGGGCGAUCGGAACGCGGUGAUGCGCCACGGGCGGAGUUACUACGCGAUCCGCAUGAUGAUGGCGGUUUCACCGGGCCGGGCAUACACACCGUUCGAGAAGCUGUUCCUCCCAUUCGCACCGACCACCUGGGCCGCCGUGAUGCCCGUGUUGGCCGCUGCCGUCGUCCUGAUUGCUGGGCUCGAGUGGUGCCGGACAUCGCGACCGUUGCUCGAUUUUCUCUACGGGCGCCACGUUCGGGCACCGUUGCUGAAUCUGCUGAACGUGUACUUCGGUGGACCGGUACCCCGUGAACCGGGCCGUACCUUCGCCCGUACGCUGCUGAUGCACUGGAUCCUUUACAGCUUCGUGGUACGUUCGGUCUAUCAGGGGGCGCUGUACGAUUAUCUGCAGGCGCGGCGCAACUACAGCCACCCGCGGACGCUCGCAGCGGUUCUGAGGCGGGACUUUCGCUUCCUGUCGAUGCACGGUACCGCUGGCUAUCUGCGACCGUUGCCCGGUGUACUGGCGAGAACGCACUGGCUGCCGGAUGAUAAUGCGCAGGUACAACGGGUGCUGGAUAAGCUGGCUGGCUACAGUGACCGGACCGCACUCAUCAUCGACAGUGAACGGGUGGCGUACUACAACCGGCAGCACUAUCGCACCGGGCAUGUCCACCUCGUUGGCACGGUCCUCGUACGGUUACCGAUCGGACUGUACUUUCCCCGCAAAUCCUGCCUAACCGGUCCGUUCGAUCGGUUGAUCGAUCAGCUGGUGAUGUCGGGCUACUUUACGCACCAUUUGCGGCGCUACGUUAGCUACAGCAACCUUUACCACCGGCUCCAGUCAACGGGCAACCAUCCGGUACCGACGCCACUCACCAACGAUCAGCUGUUCGGAUGCUACGAGCUGCUCGGUGGGUUGCUGCUGCUCGCGACCACCAUCCUGCUGCUCGAGUUGGCCGCACCGAGCGUCCGUUCCGUGCGGGUGGCCCUCGCCCCGUUCCAGUCGGUCCGGAGAACUGCUCGAAUGCGAACACGCGACUGA